AUGAGAACUCAAGAAAGCACUGACGACUGGACUGUUCCAUCGACUGCAGAACCUUCUACUAUUGCAGAAGACACGGAAUCCUUUGCGAAUAUUCCAGCAUCACCUGUGGACGUUUUGAAGCUAUCCUUCGCGCCCAAGCAUGAAUCCAUUGGGGUCAAGUCCAGUACCACAUAUACCUCCGCAUGUGUUUCCAUUGAAGCUUGCGACAUGCCUGAAGACGAGGCGGAAAGAACCUGUUCUGUUGACAUUUGCGUUGCUCUGGAUGUCAGCGGAUCCAUGUCAGGAUCCAAGCUCAAGGAUUGUAAGAGUACCUUGGAAGCCAUGCUACGUCCACUCAGCACCAAGGAUCGCUUUGGCUUGAUCACGUUUGGAAGUCGAUGCGAUGUCGUCUUUCCAGCCUUGUUAAUGACGAAGGAAAACAAGGCAGCAGCUUUAAAGAAGAUCAAGGCGCUUUCAACAAACGGAUGCACCAAUCUGUCUGGUGGAUUAUCGCUUGCUUGGCAGGAGCUCUUGCUCGUUGAUAAUCCAAACGCUGUCCGAUCGCUCUUCUUGCUAACUGAUGGGCAUGCGAAUGAAGGAAUCACUACCACUCCAGAACUAGUGGAGAUGGUCAAGAGUUUCAACGCCGAUUCAGCAUCAGAUAUCUCCGCUGCUUUGAACGAAAGCCAAGCUGCAGGACGAAGCAAUCCGUCUUCUAGUCUUUUGUACUCUGUCACACCACAGAUGAACACGAAUGUUGCACAAACCAUGAACAUUGCACCAACAUUCACACCACCCCAGAAGAAGGGAAUCAUGAGAAUUUUCAGCAAGCAAUCUUCCAAGGGAAGUAUGAAGAGGGUGAAGAGGUCUUCGGGUUCCAGCAGUCCCUCGAAUGUGCCACGAACAAUAAAUCUCACCAGCAAGGGAGCACCCGUUUCCCUCUUCUGUUUUGGAUAUGGAUCCGAUCACAACUCGGAGAUGCUCGAAGCACUCUCGGAAGCCACACCCGGUGGUGGCUACUACUUUGUCGAAAACGAUUCCGAUGUUUUCACUGCCUUUGGAGAUGCCAUGGGAGGUAUCAUGUCUGUCAUGGCACAAAGUGCCGUGCUCAAGAUUUCUGUUCCAUCGGCUGCUUCCGAAUGUGGCGUCAAGAUUCGUGAGGUGCACCACGACAAGAAGGUCGAUCGAGGAGAUGGUUCCUUUACUGUUAAUAUGGGUGACUUCUAUGCUGAGGAACGCCGGGAUGUCAUUGUGGAUUUUGAUCUUGCCAACGUCACUAGCAACGAGCCAGUUCUUCAUCUGGUUGCCACUGUGUCCUAUAUGAAUGUUCUAACCAAGAAGAACACACAAGGAGGACCACGCGAUUGCUCUAUUUCCAGACCUGACAGCGCUGAUCUUUCUGCCGUGAACCAAGACGUUGAGGCGCAAUGGCUUAGAGUGUGUGUCGUACGAGAAAUGGAAGAAGCUGACAAAGAAGCACGAAGCAACAACAGAGAACAAGCUCAAGCCCGUAUGCGACGAGUGGCAGCUACGAUCCAAGCUUCUCCGGCGUACAAUCUCGAAGACAGCUUUUAUUGCUCACUUCAACAGAAUGUCGACGAGUCUAUGGUAGACUACGAAGCUUCAAGCUACAAAGGGCAUCGUUCUAAGAAUAUCGCACAAACUCUCAAGAAGCAAAGAGCUUGUUCGUCCAAGUCCAGCUCUAACGGAUACUACCAGACCAAGUCAAAGAAGAAGAUGUCCAAGGCUUUCGAAAUGCCUUAA